AUGGGACUUUUGAUCUGUGAUUUGCACGAUGCCGCAACUGCGAAGGAGAGACAGGGGAAAUGUCAACUGGCUAUCGUCCAUUCUCCUCUGCUUGCAAUCGCAAACGUGAACAUUCACGCUUACUCGCAAGCAAGAGACUGGAGACUAGAAAAGCUACAGGAAACAGCCGAAAACGCAGGAUUUGCCGACAAAAGAACCAACAAACGCUCUGAUGGCGCGUUCUGGUGCUGCUGGCGCGAAAACGGGACUGGAAUCAGCAUCUUGGACGAUUCUGGCGUGGUGUUGAAGACAGCGGAUGUAAAUUCGAGUUUGGCCGGAGAAAUCACGGCAAUGGAUGUGGUGGAUUGUGGUACGGUCGCGUUCGGCUCCUCUUUGGGCGCUAGUGGUAUCUUCGUGCUUGGAAACGGCUCGAUACAAAUUUCAGGCCCAUCUUUGGCGGGCCCUGUGACGGACAUGUGGACGCGAUUGGUAAACCGGUCCUGGACGACCGUAGCGUUCUGUCGGACAAACUGCCGUCUUUCUAUCACCUCAUUGGCCACGCGGGUUACGCGAAUGGUGACUUUGCGGCAUUCCUCGGUCCCAUUCCGUUGUUUGGGCGCUGACGUGGACCAUAACGUGCAAACGGUAGCGAUGCACGACGGAGCGCAGGUUUACUUGUGGGAUUUGCGGUACCCAGACCGAUCUCGCGGUGUAAGGGGUCUUUAUUUGGAGGAGGACGAGAAAAUUGUAUCUUUGAAGUUUGCGACGCGUCAAAAUUCGAUGCUCAUCGCCACAUCCCGCAGACUUUUCGUUUACGAUUUUGGGUCCUGUGCGGACCUGGUGUGUGAUAUCCGCGAAAAAGCAUUCUACGAUUUCUUUGACAGUGACAGCAAGAUCGUAGUAGAGCAGGAGCAUCUGUACGGCACGCACAUUGCUUGUUUUAGUGUCGAUCAGACCACCGCCAGAUGGGUUCCGCUUGGCUAUUCAGAUAUCAGGGCCCAAUUUGGAAUUCGCGAUAUCCGCUCCUUCUACGCUCUACGUUCGCGACUGUUGGUCUUUUCCGGCUCCGAUGCGUGCUAUCAACUGGCCACCACAGUGUCCUCUUGA